GCUGAAUGGGGGCGUGGUCUGCUCUUCAGGGUCUCGCCAUUUUCCGCCUGCUGGAAGCUUGCUAGCUAAAUAAGCUAGCUGCGUUCAAGUCAGCAUCUCUGGUGUCCGAACAAGUCACGCAAAGAUUAACACAUUUGAAUCAUUGAAGCUUUCUCAACCACCCUUUUAUCCCGUCAUUAUGGACGAGGAAUAUUACAGCGGCGGAGGAGACUGGGAGGGCACGGACGGGAACUUGGUGAGACUUGUUGCUUUUUGUCUGAACUGUGAUGAUAUUUAGCUGCACAGUUUCAGUUAGGCUGCCUCUGAGGUGCUCCUGGUGUUUUGAUGGAAGUGAUUUAUAAACACUGAGUUGACUCAGAUGUGUGUAGAGAUGGAUAAGUCUCCGGAGCUCCGUGGCAGAAAUGCUGGUCUGAACUUUCAGCAUGUUGGUGUUUCUGUUAGCUAAAUACCAGCUAACUGAGGAACCUGCUGCAGGUCAUUGACAGUCGAUCACCCGUUUGGAUCAAUUUAUCAGUUCUAGGGAUAUUCUGACCCUAUCAUCGUAGUGGCCUUUAAUUGGUAGUUGAAGCAGUCCAUUUCCAGUCAAGAAAACAGAAAACAGAGCAUCUUUAAUAAGUAGAUUAUUUCAAUCAACAGUUUAGCUUGAAAGCCCUUUUGGCUAACCGUUUUCUGUACAUUAGGGGCAGAAAAGUACGUUUAAGUUAAGUUCUUAGAGUGAUAAUCUGUGGAAACUGAGACAUUAUACUGUUGUAAAGAAGGUGGAUAAUGUGUCUUCUUAGACUUUAAGAUAGUCCUACGAAGUUCACCGUCUUCUGUACAGUGAUGGGUGAGAAAAGGACAACCAAAGGCAAAUCUGCAGAUUCUGUGAUAUGCUGUGUUAGGAUGUGCAAGGUGCACAUUUUAUAAUCUAGGAUUGGGAGUAUCAUUGUGUAUAGGCUUGCAAGUAUGGCAAGUGAUACAACUUUAAGAUCAAUGUUAACACUUAUACUAAAGCUGAAUGAGCAUGACAUGUAAUCACUAUAGGAUUUCAAUGAUGAUUCAGAGUCAAGCAAUCACUGAUUUAUAGGUUCAAUAUAUUAUUUGCAUUCAGCUAGACAGGAAAUAUAAUUUCUAGGGGUGCACUGAUCACAAUUUUCUGGCCAAUCACCGAUCUUUAUUAAAGCUUGACCUGCCAUUACAUAUUUUGGCAAAUACCGAUUUUUAUUUUUAUAACUGACGACAUACAACUUUGAUGCUUUAAUCUUAUUUUCAUGAAAAACAUUGAACAAUACUUGUGAAACAGUACGAAAACUUUUUGUGUUUUGUUUUAACUGCACAUGAGGUAGUUCUCUUGAAUAUAAAUGAAAAGUUAAGAAUAUUGCUGUCCAAACUACUACAUUGUAUCAGUUCCUAUAGUCUUUUAUUUUCCCCAUUUACAAAAAUCAACAAUACUUGCUUAACAGGUCACACUGCUGGCCUGUUUUGAGCCUCUAACCAAAAUAAAGUGCACAGCGGUAUCUGCUUUUUCAAAAACGGAAAUCACAAGGUUUGAGGACGUUAGUAAAAUAAUAACCUACAGGACAAACUACCAACACAACUUAAACCACCAAUAAACUUUCUUGAGUUUUAGGUUUCCUUGUAGUGGGUUCAACAUGCUUGGUUGAUCAUGCUCCGGAUGACUGUGCGUGUGCACGUGACCUGUCAUUCUGGCAAAGCAAAAAGUUACAACGGCUGACUUUCAGACCUUUGCUCAGGUAGAUAAGAUCAGUGGAUAAAAUAAGUUUCAUAUUUAAGGAUCAGCCGAUCACUGAUCCCCCAAAAUUGAGGAAAUCGGCGCCAAUUGAUUGGCCAGCUGAUUUAUUAGUGUAUGUUUAAUAAUUUUCACAUUAACUUGCGUAAACUCUCUAUAGACAUUAAAAUUUUAACAUUGCAUUCCGACACUGUACACCCCAGAUACACUGAGUGUGCUGGAUUAAUAGAACAGCUUCAUUUAUAGGCAUUUCAAAUUAUGUGGUGCAAAUGUUAUAAGCUACUUUAAAUCUCAAACUAAGUCUAUUAUAAAGAAGGUUUAUGUGCAACAAACCGUCAUAUUCUGUAAGGUCAUUGUAUGUAUGUGCUGCUGAUGUGAGAGAAAAAAACACUAACUCAUAAAUCAAAAUACUGUUUUCAGCUGCUUUACGAUGCAUUUAGUUUAGUGGGAGUCAAAUGGAGGACUAUAUUUGUCAAAUGAAGAGUCUGCUGUAUAGUCUUCAUAAUUGUAUUACUUAUUGUUUAUCACAAUUUCAAUACAAAACUAAACAUGAUAAAUCUUUGUCGUUCAGGAGGAUUAUGUUGAAGGGGAAAACGAUGGAAAAAUCCAGGAAGACUGUCUGCAGAAAUUUUCCAGCAGGGAUUACAUCAUGGAGCCUGCAAUCUUUAACACCCUCAAAACGUAUGCAUUUGUUUUAUUUUACCAACAUAAUAUAAGAUGUUUUUUACUGGUGCAUAAUGGAUCAUAAGUCACAGAGUCCUACAAAGAGUAAGCUGAUAAAAACAACAUUUUCUGUAGGUAUUUCCAGGCAGGUGGCUCUCCAGAACACGUCAUCCAACUCCUCUCAGAAAACUACUCGGCCGUUGCUCAGACCGUCAAUCUGCUGGCAGAGUGGCUCAUCCAGAUGGGUGGGUAGCAGGCUCUCUGGGUUUCCCGUGCUCUCAUCUAACCUCUUUUUAAUCCAUAAUUUCCUCAAUUUGGCUGUAGGUGUAGAGCCGGCUCAGGUCCAGGAAAGAGUAGAAAAUCACCUCAAGAGUCUCCUCAUAAAGCACUUUGACCCUCAGAAAGCAGACUCCAUUUUCACGGUUGAGGGAGAGGUGAGAUUUCUGAGCACUUUGUUGUUAUUUUACAUGAAAAUUAAGUUCUUGUGGACCAGACCGACGCAGUCUCCUGUGUUUUCAGACCCCUGCAUGGCUUGAGCAGAUGAUCGCCCACACCACAUGGAGAGAUCUUUUCUAUAAGCUGGCAGAGGCUCACCCAGACUGCCUGAUGCUCAACUUCACUGUAAAGGUACAGUAGUCGUAAAAGGUGUAAAAGUAGUUUUCAUAAUGAGUUGCUGUCAUAGUGCAGUUGAUCAAAUAGCAGAAACUAUGCCUUGACUUUAUUUGUGGUGCUUGAAAUGACAAAGUCUGUGUGUUUUGGGGUCUCACGUGCUGCUCAUGUUCCAUGUUUGUUCACAGCUCAUUUCAGAUGCAGGUUAUCAGGGUGAGAUCACAAGUGUGUCCACAGCGUGUCAGCAGCUCGAGGUUUUCUCCCGGGUGCUCAGGACGUCUUUGGCCACAUUGCUGGAUGGAGGAGAAGAAAACCUUGAAAAAAACUUACCAGAAUUUGCUGUAAGAUUUUCUGUUUUAUUUAUCAUAUUCACAUAAUGUGGAAGUUUUCAUUUGUUUCAGUGGUUGGUUGAAGAAUCCUGCUUUUAUUACAGUUAAUCAGGAUAAGUGAGUUAUUUUUAAUCAGGAUAGCUUUAGAUUUUAAACCCUUUUUAAUUGUACCUUUUGUAUUAGUAAUAGAUCACUUUUUCCAAGCGCUGGUUUGUUUGUUUGUCUGUUAGCAACUUUACGGAGAAAGUUACAGACAGAUUGACCUGAAAUUUUCACCAGAGGUGCGUCUCAGCCCCAGGAGGAUCCCAUUACAUUUUGGUGGUGAUCCAGACAAAAUUCUGGAUACUGUGAUCCAGAACACACAAAAAUAAGGGUGUUGUUGGAAUUUUCAAGGCUAAAAGAUAACCAAUGGGCAGCACAGUGGUGUAGUGGUUAGCACUGUCGCCUCACAACCAGAAGGUCCUGGGUUUGAAUCCUGGUCAGGGUAUCUCUUGUUUUAGGAACAUUAUGAACAGUGAACAUACCAGUUUAAACACAAAAGUUAAUAAAAGACACGUAACAGUAAAAGUUUUGGUGUGAAUCACAAUAUAAAGGGGGACAUGAGCUGCUUGGUGGAGGUCUGCGCUCUCCGAGUGCUUUUCUAGUAUUAGUAAUAGAUCACUUUUUCCAAGCAAGUGUCAUAUCGGUUUCUCUUCACAUCUGAGGAAAAUCACAGUCUCUUUGUUUAACCUCUUUGUGUAAUUGAAAAUCUAUAUUGUCAUCAAAUGACUUUGAAGUGAAAAAGGCCAGCAGUGUUGGACUGACCCCACAUUCUGUGUCAAAGUUAGUUUGGACAUUCAGUUGUUCUUUUAGUCCCUGCAGGGUUCCUAUGCGAGUAUGGAAAAGUAUGGAAGUAAUUCGAUCAAUUUCCAGGUCUUAAAAAAUAUGGUAAAUGAAUAAUAAAGUAUGUAAAAAUAUGUAUGUUAAAAGACUAUAAUAGCACAGUUAUAAAAUACUCUUUUCUAAAAUAGAAAAGAAGGUAUUUCAAAAAUAAUUCUAAACAGUUGGGUAUGAAAAAGUAUGGAAAUUCCAAUUGUUCCAACUUCCAACUAGGAACCCUGUGCUUGCCUCUUGUGUUGUUUUUUGCUGAGUUUUGUCUUCUCUCUCCUGCAGAAAAUGGUUUGUCACGGUGAGCACACUUACCUCUUUGCACAAGCAAUGAUGUCAAUCCUGGCUCAAGAGGAACAGGGCGGUUCAGCUGUUCGCAGGAUUGGCCAGGAGGUGCAGAAGUCAGCACAUCAGAGGUAACUUCUAUCUCUGCUUGAGAUUUCAGAUGUUUUUAAUCCACCAGGGAUCAGUUUUUAUGAUUUAGUUUAGAUCAAUUGUGACUGUUUUCUGUGGUUGUGGUUUAUAUCACAGGGGUCACGAUGCCAGCCAGAUAACCCUUGCACUUGGCACAGCAGCAGCCUACCCUCGAGCUUGUCAGGCACUGGGUGCCAUGUUGUCCAAAGGAGCCCUGAAUCCUGCAGACAUCACAGUUCUGUUCAAGAUGUUCAGCAGCAUGGACCCACCUCCUGUGGAGCUGGUGAGGAAAGAAUGAUAUUGAACCUUUACAAAUCCACAAAAUGCUCAACAAGAAGAAAGCAGCUGAAUCAUGUUUUUUGCCUUUUUAUUCUGUCUGUAGAUACGAGUGCCUGCUUUUCUGGAUCUGUUCAUGCAGUCACUGUUCAAGCCGGGGUCAAAGAUCAACCAAGAUCACAAACACAAAUACAUCCACAUCCUGGCCUACGCUGCCAGUGUGGUUGAGACCUGGAAAAAGGUACAGAGGACAAGGAUUGAUUUUAUUGUGCAGAUAGCAUCUGUAUGUCGUUAACAUGUUGGACAUAGAUGUAGUGACACAAAGAGUCGUAACUAUGUGAUAAUAACUCGAUAAGCUUAAUGUAUGCUUCUGUUUUUCUAAACAAACUUCCUGUCAGUUCUUUUUUUAUUCCUUCAUAGCGGCUGCCUAAACUGCCCCUCUCAUGUCACACGUUUCUUUGUGGUUCAUUCUCAGAACAAGCGAGUAAACAUCAAUAAAGAUGAGCUCAAGUCGACCUCAAAGGCCAUAGAGACGGUGCACAACCUUUGCUGCAAUGAGAAUAAAGGGGCUACAGAGCUGGUGGCUGAACUUGGUACUUUGUACCAGUGCAUCCGGUGAGUGGGCUGCCAAAAUCUCAUCCCCUUUUUAGACCGCAACUUUUCAUCCUCAUCAGGGCAGGUUCUUCUUGAAACAGCUUGAUGAUGGUUUGUAUUUUGUUGUAAAGAAAUAUGAAUAAUAAUUCAAGCUAUUAAGUGUUGCUUGAAGAUUCCUUAAAUCUCUUGAAUCCCCCCUCUUUUGUUCCCACAGCCAUCAGACUUUACAACUCUUUUAUGAAUAGUGAGACGUGACAAAUGAGAUGCCAUCAUGGCAGACAAUUGAAUUUCCCUUCGGGGAUCAAUAAAGUUAUUCUUACUCUUAUUCUGAAAUGGUGUAAAAGGACUUUAAAUAAAAAGUAAAAAUUGAAUUCAUUAAAAAAAGAGUUUGUUUCAUCAGACUUGGAUAUAAAUACAAAAUUAACUUUCCCUGAAUUGUUGGUCAUCCUUGACUUUGAUGACUAGAAAAAGGUCCUACAAUGAACCGGAUCAUAAAAAAUUUUCUUUGUCUGAGGUUGAGUCAUAGAAUUUAGGUCUAACGUCAAAACAUUUCAUCUUUUGUAGUAAGUUUUAUACUCAACACGGUGGGUUAUACCCAAAAAAACUGAGACGUGAUUUUCUCCAAACUCAAAUCAUCUGCAGAAUCCCAAAACAGAGUGAGUUCAAUAAAAAAGGUGUUAAUCUAAGGGUAUGAAUUCUCUCUUCAGUAAAUGAAGUCAAUACAACUAGUAACAUGUUUUAGGUCAGACUGUAGUCAACCCAAAAAAAUGAGCUGACUGAAACUCUACAAAACUCUAUUCAUCAAAAUAUAACUUCAUGGACUCGUGAUCACAGCAAGAUAAGCAUUCAGAAUAAUAAACAACAGUAACUGCAGAUAGUUAUUUUUAUUUCAUAACAAAGCAGCCAACAGGACCUACCUUUAGCUGUCUGCAUCGUGUGAUCAGAUUGAUGUCAACACAGAAAAAAUACUCUUAACUUUUACUCUUAAUCACAAAUAGGCACAUCCUGCAUUUCUUAGAUAAACAUUAACUUCAACAUUUAGCUGAAGGACACCAGUGCAGGAAACAUGAAAUAUAUCAGAGAACAGAACACGGGGCUCAACCGUUUGUUUGUGUUUUUUACGCCCUAACCUCAAAACCGAUGUAAACGGACUCAAAACCGAAUUGGCGUGAUUCAAAAGAAAUGUAACACUCCUCAAAACUUCUUUUUUGUGUUCAGGUUUCCAGUUGUCGCCAUGGGGGUUUUGAAGUGGGUGGACUGGACUGUGUCCGAGCCACGCUACUUCCAGCUGCAGACAGACCACACUCCUGUGCAUUUAGCUCUUCUGGAUGAGGUGCAGCAUCAUGAGCGAGUGAAGAUCAAGUUUCUCUUCCUUAUUCUAGACCAAUUUUAACUUAAACAUGAAUCUUUCCUCUUCACAGAUCUGUACGUGUCACCAGCUGCUGCACCCACAGGUCCUGCAGCUGCUCAUUAAGCUGUUUGAGACGGAGCACUCUCAGCUGGACGUCAUGGAGCAGGUCUGAGUGUGUGUGUGCUUAUCUGACUUACACAGAAGUGUGUUUUGCUGUAGGUGUGACCUCUCUGCUGACUGUGUGUCGGUUUUUACUUCCCUUUCAGAUGGAGCUGAAGAAGACUCUGCUCGAUCGGAUGGUUCAUCUGCUGAGUCGUGGCUACGUGCUGCCAGUCGUUGGUUACAUCCGAAAGUGUUUGGAGAAACUCAACACAGACAUCUCCCUCAUCAGAUAUUUUGUUACAGAGGUAACAGACUUUUCUUGAUCUGCAGCGAAGAGAGAGAGAGAGAGCAUGAGAAAAGAAGUGACCUCUGGUUUUAAGUUUUUCUGGGUCACUGGUCCUCAUACUUUCAAAGCCCUGCAGGAAUAUGUGUGGUCAUUGAGAUUCUUCAAAAUGUUCAUGUUUCUACCUUUUAAUGUUUGAGUAUUUUACUUAAAAGUUGACCUUUACUUGAGCCAGUCAUCAGGUGGUGGUCAUAUGUUUGGACUCCUCUCACUGUAACAAUAUUCACUAUAGGUGCUGGAUGUGAUCGCACCCCCGUACACAUCAGACUUUGUUCAGCUCUUCCUGCCCAUCCUGGAGAACGACAGCAUUGCAGGAACAAUACGAACAGAGGGAGAACACGAUCCUGUCGCAGAGUUCAUUGGUAAGUGACAAACUCGUGAUUCAAAUCUGGAAAUACUUUUGAUACUGAGAGAAAAAAAAGGAUAAAUAGUUUUAUCAUCAAGGGGCUCAGCUUAAGCUUGGUGGUCGAAGCGUAUAUUCCAUAUAGAGAGAGGUUAGUCUGAGGUGUUGCUGGUUUCCUUUCAGCCUGUGAUUGUUUGCUUCAUGUCUUCCCAACAUUUUUUAUGUCUCUAUUCAGCUUGGAUGUUGGUGUGUAACCGUAACCCCUAAAAGAAACCCCGAAAGAGUAAUUUUAUCAUCAUGAAUAUGCUCAAUGGAUUCAAAAAAAAGUUUGAAGUGUUUUAAUUUUAGCACGAGCAAAAUUCACUCAUUCAAGUGAACUAAUAUCCUAUUUCUGUUUUCCAGCUCACUGCAAGUCAAACUUCAUCAUGAUAAACUGAAGUUUAGAGGACUAUAAAUUCAUGAUGCAAAUUGAACCUGCAAAACCUGAAAGAUGCAGCAGAUCUGUUACCUGGGUAACCCCAUGCUGGAGUGUUCAGCUUAAAGACUGACUGUGCGGUUCAACAGAGUGAACGGUCAGUUUCUUGGAAAAGAAAACAUCAGUGAGCUGAUAAAAUACAGUAACAAGAAGACUGAAGCCUCAGAAGAUGCAGCUAAAUGUUUUUUUUCCUCAUCUGUAUAUUUGAUUUUCUUUGUAUAAUGUUGGUUUGAAAUGUUUUAAAAUAAAAACCAUAAUGUUGUU